AUGAUCAAAGAUAAUCAAUAUGGUCUUGGAGAUGGACUUACGUUCUUCAUGACACCUUUUGAGAUGGAGCACCCAAUGAACGCUUAUGGCAGAGGUCUUGGCUUGUUCAAUGGAUCAUUCUAUCAGAUGGUUGCUGUGGAGUUUGACAGUUACAAGAAUGAAUGGCAUCCUACUAGAAAUCAUGUGGGGAUGGGCAUCAAUGAUGUUUUCUCAAAGUUAAGUGUUUCGCUCAGAAAGUCCAAUCCCUCUUCCUACCCAGAUUUGAUAAACGAAGAAACAUGGGAUGCCUACCUGGAUUAUGAUGGUUGA